AUAGGGCACCAUCUGAUCUGAAAGCUUUCCCCUGUAAUACUUGGUUUGCAAAUGCUGUUAGUUUUCUUUCUCUGCCUUAUCCACCAACUCCUCCUCUCUGGCCUGUAUUCCAAGUGAGUUUCCAUAGCAACUCCACACUUAGGCCAAGAGCAGAAUCGAGCAGUAAUUGGAUCCUGGGGCCUUUCGGGAGACAUGAAGCCAUGAGGGAACCCUGCGAUUGAAGUACCAUUAGUUAACACAGUUCUAAUCAAUACGCUGCCCGCCUGACCCGUGGCAAAACCAAGGCCAAGCCUGUAAAUGAGGGCGCAGGAAUAACCAGCCCGUUUGCCUGCGCAUCCUCGUAAAGGUUGUGUGAGGCUUGGAAACGGGGAAAGGCCUAUUUGCACAGAUCUGGCCUCCCUAGUCACCUCAAGCUGCUUCUCGCUCGCCAUAGGCGACCAGGCAUGGGGCUGUUUACAAGCCUGUACAAGAUGUGAGGGGACUGGAUUUCUGCAUUUUAUUUUUAAAAUUAAACGUUGUUGUGAGUGAUGGGAGCAGGGUGGCAAUACAUUUUCCCGUUGCUAUAUAUUUCCCCGUUAAAUCUCUACAGUGUUUGUUUCAUUAAGAUUAAUUAGCAACAUAAUAAAUGGGAUGCCAGUGCUAUAUCGUGUCCAGUUGGCAGCUUCCAAGGCAUGCUGAAAUGAGCGUAUUAACAGAUUUUCAUUUGAAAAGAGAAGUGUGUGCAAUUGAGCUAUGUGUUACAUUCUCGCCCGACCAAGCCUUGUCCUGAUGCUGGAAAGGGGGGAGCAGCCUUGCAUGAGCAACAGCAAGAUCAUCGUGGGCACCAACCCUCUGAGCAGCAGUGUUGCGGACUCGCAGGCCCUGAAAGAGAACGCCAAGUCGCCUUCACCCGCGGCUCUGUCUUCGCCGCCCGCCACGGAGUCACCCAAGCCUGCCCGGCCCCGCCGCCCCCGCCCCCCGGCCGUGCUGCCCUCUGAGCGCCCCUACCAGUGCAAAGACUGCGGCAAGCGCUUCGUGUACCGCUCCAAGCUGGCCACGCACCAGUGGACCCAUUGCGCCGAGCGCCCGUACAAAUGCCCCGACUGCCCCAAGAGUUUCAGCUACCCGUCCAAGCUGGCGGCCCACCGCCGCACGCACACCGGCGAGCGGCCCUACCCCUGCACGCUCUGCCCCAAGCGCUUCGGACACCGCUCCAAGCUGGCGGCCCACCAGUGGAUCCACACGCCCGAGCGCCCGUACAAAUGCGCCGACUGCCCCAAGAGCUUCUGCUACCCUUCCAAGCUGGCUGCCCACCGCCGCACGCACACGGGGCAGCGGCCCUACCCCUGCAACCGCUGUGGGAAGAGCUUCUGCUACCCGUCCAAGCUGGCCGCCCACCAGCAGAUCCACGCGGCCGCUGCGGCGGGGCGGCCCUACCCGUGCAUGCGCUGCAGCAAGAGCUUCCGGCAGCUGCGCAACCUCACGCUCCACCAGCGGGUGCACGAGGACGGGGAAGUGGGGGAUGACUUGUCCCAAAGCAAAGGCCACAGCAACGGAGAGAGGCCGUAGAGUGGAGAUCUGAAGCGACUGGACAACGUGGGGGUGCGGGGAGGAAAUUGGCUAACUUGGAUGCUUGGUGGGUGCGGGGGGAUCAUUGUAAAUAACGGCAAGGGAGAGGGGGUUUGGGGUUUACACAGAGAUGCGCUUUGAGGACCCAUAGCAGCUCAGCUCUUUUGUUGGGGGUCUUGCCGCUGUUUCCCCCCCUACAGUGCCAAGUCGAUGUGUGUGUACUCUCCGCCUCCCCAUAGCCCAAGCUGUGUAUACCAUGCUGAAAAAAAAGCCAAAGUGUGUGUGGUCAGAGAACCCCGGUUCAGCCCUCAGAAACGGCAUAUUCUGCAACCUGACUAACUUGUGCAUUGCUGAGAUGUGCGCCUAGGAGGGGCAGAGCGCCACGGCCUGCAACCUCAGCACCCCACUGAUUCUGCAAAACAAGCCCAGCCACCUUUGAAUCCCAAUUUCACAAGAAGCUUGCAUAAAUUCAUAGAAAAUGGAUGGAUAUGCACAAAUCUUCCGGAGAGCAGAAUUCUGCCAUUGCUUUUUACGACCUCCGACCAUUGCCCAGGCUGUCUCUUGUCUGUGUUCAGUUGGUGCAUGCUUACAUUGGAAUGCAGAGAUCAGCAUCUUCACAGUCCAAGGCUCUGCUAAGUUAGGCCUGUCAAACUUGGCAUUUUCUGGGUUGUACAACAUCUUCCUUCUGUGGCUUAUCAAACCCUGUUUGUGCCUCUGGCCUGUGGCUAAAGGGGGACAGUUUUAACAACCUGGCAUGCCACGCACACACUGGUGUCACACAGUGUGUGCAAUAGAAGUUGCUAGUCUUUAUGAAGGCACAGACAAGUUUGAAAAUGUGGUUGUGGCAUCUGCAAAAUUGCCAGGGGUAGCUUAAGCCGAAAUGGCAAGAAUCCAUGAAUUUUGGGGUGUGUGCUCGCACACUACAUUCUGUACAGUGGUGGGCCCUCCCAACAAGUAGCAGUAGAAUAAUUUUGCAAAUGUUAUGUGUUGUGUUCAUCUGCCAUUUUUUAAUUUUUGCUUCAGUUGGCAUGGAAUCUUACCUCUCAGCCAGCUGCUGUAAAAACUGGUGGCUCCGGGCUUCUGUCCCUGAUCACAUCAAAACAUGUCCCUAGCCAUUUACAACAUGUACUGAAAACUGCUUAAGCACACAGAUUUCUAGUGCUGGAUUUGGACGGCUGGAUUUCCCACCCCACCCUCCAUCACUUGGUUUACACAACUUUUACUGCCCGGUUCCUUUUGCUUCUUCCGUGUGACCGUUUCACCACAUGCCUAGAGAGGCAGUCCCACAAACCUGCCUUCCUUUGUUACGCCUCCCCCCUCCACAAAUUCCCCACUUUUGGGGGUUACUGUCUUGCCUCUUGGUUCAAAUGUUGGAUUUCUAAGACGCAGUGUGCUCCAAUCUCCCACUUUUUAGACACAUGUCCACCUUUCCACCCCGCUUUCUUGGAUGGAUGAAUUCUACACACACACUCCUUGUCCUUGUACCGUUUGCCAAAGCAUCUUUUGCCUUCUCACCCCACCCCCCACACCAAAGGCAUUUGUUCAGAUUGUUGCAAGGGAGGCGGGGAGGGGGGUGUUGAUUGAUCCAUGGUAUGUUUGUAGUUGAUACUAAAAAAAAAAAUGGGACUCCCCUGGGAGCCUGGAGUUUUUUUGUCUUAUUUUUCUUGGAAAAAAAUAAUAAAACCUAUAAAAGUUUA